GAAAUAACAUACCCCCCGACACGACUUUGCGGCCCCAGGACCACCACCACUGGCAUAUUAUCGUCGAAUUUAAGAAAAGUUCUACGAAGCACCAGGAAUGAGUCCUUGAUGGCGAAGUGAUCUGCGGCAGAAGGGGAAAUCACGUCGUGGAUGGAGUGUGGAGGAAAGAUGUUGGAAGCGCGUCCCUUCCAAGAGCCCGGGCUACUGACUACCGGCAUUAGUGAAGUACUGGAAGGAACGCACGCAACAGCGAACGAGCACCCGGCCUUCCGCCCAAUGACUCCACACAUGCACACGCAAGCGCCGAUGCCCAACAAACUCGCAUACUUCAACACAGCAUCCACUGCUCUGCGCAAUCCCUGGAGUGCCAACCGAUCGAUAUGGCACCUGCGCUUGUCCCCCAAUUCCUGCUAUUGGGAUUACUCUCACCCCUAGCAAUAGAUACACAUUCUGCUGCUCACGGACAACGUGGCGGACCGCAAUGGAGGAUCUCAGGGCAUAAUCUACCAAACGCUCAGCUUAAUAUAUCACGCUUUACCGGAUUUCUCUUACUCGUACACGUUAGGGCGUUCUCAUUGAAGCAGGUUGGGUUUGUGUGGGGCCCGGAGGUUACAACCCAAAAGUUCUUUUCAAAUUCGUUAUUGAGCAUUUUCCGAUAAAUAUCCUGAUAGUGGGGGAAUAGAAGACAUCCGAGUUCCUAGACGAUCCACCCAUGACAGCAGUUUUUCCAUUCUAUGGAGGUGGUUAUAGCGAGGUGCGGUGGUUCUGGUGUCGGUGCUCUAUCAGUAGGUGAGCUUUCUCCUUCAGUAGGUAGAAUUAUACCGAGCCAGGCCAAUCCGCAUCCCCCAAUAUCUCCCGAUAAUGCCAGCUAUCUGCUUCCACGUAUCUUGAAUGCAGCUGCACUCGUUGCCACCAAAAGCACUCCAGUUAUACAUCUCCUUUAUCACCCUCAACCCGGUCGAUACGCAGCUAUGUGCUGCCGCAAGGCGAUGAUGGAGGACCGGAUGAAAGGGGCUCCCGACUUGGUUCUUGUUAAAUUCCCACGGCCUAUUUUCCUCGAAUGCUUUUGAUGACACUCCGCGGCUCAAUUUCGACAGUGCAACCAGUGUCAAUCAUCAGCCCGGGAAUCACUAUUACCUAUUGGGCUACGCAUAAGAGAAUCUUGAGAUGGGUACCGCAAACAACCCCCGCUCGGUUGCUACAGCAUCAUAGGACCGAUUGAUGGAAAGGCGUUCCAAGCACUCGUUAUUUCCUGCCUUCAGGGAAACAAUUAAUUAAAGCUCAUCACCUGUAGUAGUCUAGCAAAUCAAAAAUUGUAACUUUUACAUGAACAGAG